AUGGACGACGACGACGCGCCGAGCGUGGAGAUCGCGGCGCGGGCGACGCACUGGGUCGUCGAGCGUGAUUUCUUACCCGGCGCGUUGGCGCGCGCGGUGCGAGGGAGAUACGAUGACGUGUUCGAGGACGCGACGCGGGCGCGCGGGGAGCGAUUCUGUUGGGACCUCUGGCACGUCCCGAAGCAGUACACGCUGUUGCGAACGCCCGCGGAGGAUUUCUUCGGCGAAGAGUUACACGGGGCGUUGGAGGAGACGCUGAUGACGUACGCGAGGGAGAGGUUGGGAUGCGCGUCGAUGACGCCGAUGUGGAUGUCGUGUUACGUCCACGGGAUGCGGCAGGAGUUGCACGCGGACGUGCCGCACGGACCGUUCGCGUUCGUGUUGAGUCUGACCAGGGAGAGCGGCGCCGACGGAGGGUUUACGUUUUCGGGCGGAGAGACGCAGAUCAUGCGCCCCGAGCGGUUGAAUUAUUGGCGGAAUUUCGACUCGAGCGAGGUGGUGGAGCGGGCGCAAAUCAUGGAGACGAUUUCGCCGCGCUUUAACCAGCUCGUGGUUUUUGAUCCGAGACUCCCGCACGGCGUUACUGAGGUUUUUGGCACGCAAGACAUUCGAGAUGGGCGAUUGGUGUUACACGGAUGGUUCAAAGACCCCGAGCCGUCGUUCUCGGGCGCUUUGUCGGAGGAGGACGCGGCGGAGACGCUCGAGACGGCGCUCGCCGAGCUCUACGCUCGCUUAGUAGAGCUCCCGCGCGCGAGCGGCAUGGUGUGCGCUCGAAUUACAAUCACCCCGAGCGGCGAUGUGGACGAUCUGACGUGGACGUGCGAUACCCUGACGCCGAUUCCGUUACCGGAGCUUCCGUCAGAGACGGACAUUCGCGACGCAAUCAUGCUCGACAUCGCGUCGGCGUUACUCGAGCUCAAAUUCCCCCCACGAGACGGAUCAUCCGUCAUAAUCCUUCCAUUUUGCUUCGAGUGA